CAACGUAGGUAAACACGCAUGAAGUAUGACCCGUGUAUUCGUUCGUCGUUAGCCUUUGAACCAUGUUGACGCAGUCAGUACGCCGAGGUCUGCUGUUGUGCCAGCGAUGCCUGCUGGAUUCAUUGCUGCAUCGAGGCAAAGCCACUGCAGCCAAGGCAGCACCAGAUGUCAAGGCAUUUCACUAUCAGGACAUCAUGAAGCCUGAUACACAAUUUGAUGUACCCUACAAAAAGUUGACUGGGGACUUUGUGUCAACAUUUGAAUUUAAGGGCAGAAAGAUUCUCCAAGUUGCACCGGAAGCAUUGACAGCGUUAUCAUCACAAGCAAUGGUGGACAUUGCACACUUGCUCAGACCCAAACAUCUACAGCAAUUGAGUAGUAUCCUGGAUGAUCCUGAGGCAUCUAGAAAUGACAAAUUUGUAGCUCUGGAACUCCUCAAGAAUGCCAACAUUGCUGCUGGUAUGAUUUUACCAGGCUGCCAGGAUACAGGCACUGCAAUCAUUUUAGGCAAGAGGGGACAGAACGUGUGGACAGAUGAGAAAGAUGAUGAGCACUUAUCACGGGGCAUCUACAAUGCAUACACACAGACAAACUUACGCUACUCGCAGGUAGCACCCCUGGACAUGUUCAAAGAGGUCAACACAGGCACCAACCUGCCAGCCCAGGUAGAGCUGUAUGCCACGCCUGGCAAUGAGUACAACUUCCUAUUCAUUGCUAAGGGCGGCGGCUCAGCCAACAAGACGUUCCUGUACCAGCAGACCAAGGCCCUGCUCAACCCUGCCAAGUUGGCCAGCUUUGUGGAUGAGAAGAUCAAAACAAUUGGUACUGCUGCCUGCCCACCUUAUCAUCUGGUUUUUGUCAUUGGAGGACUAUCAGCAGAAAUGACCCUCAAGACAGUCAAACUGGCCUCCACCAAGUACCUAGACAACUUGCCAACAACAGGUAAUGAGCAUGGGAGAGCCUUUCGUGAUCUGGACAUGGAGCAGCAGGUGCUGGAUCUGUGUCGGAGUACAGGCAUCGGAGCUCAGUUUGGAGGCAAGUACUUCUGCCAUGAUGUCCGUGUUAUCAGGCUGCCUAGGCAUGGUGCCUCAUGCCCCGUGGGUGUAGGAGUAUCCUGCUCUGCCGAUAGACAGAUUCUUGGCAAAAUCAACGAGGAGGGAGUAUUCCUAGAACAACUGGAGACAGACCCUGGAAAGUACCUCCCCGAGAUACAAUUAGAAGAUCUAGAAGGAGAUGUAGUCAAGGUUGAUCUGAAUCAGCCGAUGAGCCAGAUCCGUCAGACUCUGUCAGCCUACCCAAUCAAGACUCGCCUCAGUCUGUCUGGAACGCUAGUAGUGGCUCGGGAUAUUGCUCAUGCUAAGCUACAGGAGAGGCUUGAUAGCGGGGAAGGUUUGCCUCAAUACAUCAAGGAUCAUCCAGUCUAUUAUGCAGGGCCUGCCAAGACACCUGAGGGUUAUGCUUCAGGUUCGUUCGGUCCGACCUCAGCUGGUAGGAUGGACUCGUAUGUAGAUGCCUUUCAAACAGCUGGUGGACUUAUGGUCAUGCUAGCCAAGGGGAACAGGAGUAAGCAGGUGACCAAGGCAUGCAAGACACAUGGCGGCUUUUACUUGGCCUCCAUCGGAGGUCCAGCUGCCCUGCUAGCUCAGAACUGCAUCAAGAAAGUGGAGGUGCUGGAGUAUCCAGAGCUGGGCAUGGAGGCUGUGUGGAGGGUGGAAGUAGAAGACUUCCCCGCAUUUAUUGUUGUUGAUGAUAAAGGAAAUGACUUCUUCAAGGAGUGGCAGAUAGAUUGAAAAUGAACACGAGAGCUGAGCCAGCAAAGGUAGUUGAUUAGUGAAGGAUCUUUCAAAGCGAGAAAUAAAAGACUAAGAGGUGCUGUUGUUAAAAAAAUUCUUCUUUUGACCAUUCAGCAGUUUACGAGGAACUUGUACAAUGUAACCCAACCGUGCAAAAUGAAUUGGAAGUCGCCAGAGCUCCUUUGAAUCACAGGCUCUUCAACAAAUCUUGCAUGAUGGAAAAUCUAUGUUUGUCACUUGUCAAUGUUUCGCCCGCAUAAUUCUUACCGCAAUGUGGCAAAGCGAGGA